AGAUAAGGUCUAGGAAGACGAAACAAUCAGUGUAUGAGAGAGAUAGUAGAGAGAGAUAGAGCGAGAGACCUCGUACGGGGUUGUCCAUGGCGGAGAGUGCCCAUGGGGACGAAGCCCCUCACAUCCUCGUCGUGCCCUACCCGGCGCAGGGGCACAUGCUCCCCCUCCUCGACCUCGCCCACCUCCUCUCCCUCCGCGGCGGGGGCAUCGCCAUUACCGUCGCCGUCACCUCGGGGAACCUCCCCCUCCUCGCCCCUCUCCUCUCCAAGUCCCCCUCCAUCCAACCCCUCUCCCUCCCCUUCUCCCACCCCUCCCUUCCCCCGGGCCUCGAGAACACCAAGGACCUUCCCCCCAGCUACUUCCGCGCCCUCAUGCUCGCCCUCUCCUCCCUCCACGGCCCACUCCUCUCCUGGGCCCGGGCCCACCCCCGGCCCAUCUCCGCCAUCGUCUCCGACAUCUUCGUGGGCUGGACCCAGCCCCUCGCCGCCGAGCUCGGCGUUCCCCGCCUCGUCUUCUCCCCCUCCGGCGUCCUCGGCACCGCCGCCUCCCACUCCCUCUUCGUCCGAAUGCCCCGGAGGCCCCCCCGCCCCAACGACGACGACGACGACGACGACUACCCAGUCGCGUUCCCCUCCCUACCCAACUCCCCGGUCUACCCCUGGAGGAAGCUCUCCUGGCUGUUCAGGACCUACGUCGAGGGCGACCCAGCUUCGGAAUUCGUGCGGCGGAACUUCCUGUGGAACCUCGAGGGCUACGGCUUCGUCGUCAACUCGUUCGAGGGGCUCGAACGCGCGUACUUGGAGCGGCCUCUGGAGGACCUGGCCACGAAGCGCGUGUGGGCUGUGGGCCCCGUGGCGCCCACGGCCCAGGGAGGGGAGCGCGGCGGGGCGCCGACGGUGUCGCCGGCGGAGGCGGGGGCGUGGCUCGACGGCUUCCCGGAGGGCUCGGUGGUGUACGUGUGCUUCGGGAGCCAGGCGGCGCUCGCCCCGCCCCAGGCUGCCGCGGUGGCCGCCGCGCUGGAGCGGAGCGGCGCGGCGUUCGUGUGGGCCGUGCGCGGGGGCACGGCCGUGCCGGAGGGGUUCGAGGAGACGGUGAAAUGGAGGGGAAAGGUAAUUAGGGGGUGGGCCCCACAGGUGGAGAUACUGGGACACGCCGCGGUGGGGUGGUUCCUGACGCACUGCGGGUGGAACUCGGUGCUGGAGGCGGCGGCGGCGGGGGUGGCGAUGCUGACGUGGCCGAUGAGCGCCGACCAGCACGUCAACGCGCGGCUGCUGGUUGAGGAGGCGCGGGUGGCGGUGCCGGCUUGCGACGGCGGGGGCGCCGUCCCUGAGCCUGAGGAAUUGGCGCGGAUCGUCGCGGAGGCGGUCAGCGGGGAGAGGGGGAGAACGGUUAGGGAGCGGGCGAAGGAGCUCGGGACGAAGGCCGCGGAGGCGGUAAGGGAGGGGGGAAGCUCAUACAGGCACUUGGAAGGGCUCAUACACGAGCUCUACAAGUUGAAGAGCUGUACAAGUGCAAAGCGGUAAGUUUGGACGUAAUUUGGCGUACCAACAAAAUACUCCGAUAAUAAGAUCUAUGUUUAGAUUAUUCAUGCUGCUGAGCACAACAUAAUGCAAAAAAACGAGUAAAUAAUCUCUAAGUAUGUCUGUUUUGUUUCGCUUGAAUCCUCGGUCCAAAAAAUUUCUCACUGCUGUUGCUAGCCUCGUUUUUAAAAAAAAUUAAUUGAGACAGAUAAUCAACAUGUUAGCUAUGUUCGCGUGAAGUUUCUAAUUGUAUACUGAGAAA